GGCGCCGGGGCCGGGGCGUAGGGCCGCCGCCCGCGAUGGACCGCGCCGGGGCCGAUCUGGACUCGCCGCCGCAGGUGUCCACCCCCCAGGGUUCCUGACCUCGCCCCUGGACAGCGAUCCCUUCUCAGACUCCAGUCGGGCCAGACUCUUCAAACCUGCUUCCGCAAUGGGUGGGUUGUGAACGCUGGUAAUGAGGAGCCGUGGGUGCAGCCAGCCUUGGAGAUGCCGAAGAGACGAGACAUCCUUGCGAUCGUCCUCAUCGUGCUGCCCUGGACACUGCUCAUCACCGUCUGGCACCAGAGCACCCUUGCACCCCUGCUUGCCGUGCACAAGGAUGAGGGCGGCGAUCCCCGGCGCGACGCACCGGCAGGUGCGGACCCCAGGGAGUACUGUAUGUCCGACCGCGACAUCGUGGAGGUGGUGCGCACCGAGUACGUCUACACGCGGCCGCCGCCGUGGUCCGAUACACUGCCCACCAUCCACGUGGUGACGCCCACCUACAGCCGCCCAGUGCAGAAGGCCGAGCUGACGCGUAUGGCCAACACGCUGCUGCACGUGCCCAAUCUGCACUGGCUGGUGGUGGAGGACGCGCCACGCCGGACGCCACUGACCGCGCGUCUGCUGCGCGACACCGGCCUCAACUACACGCACCUGCACGUGGAGACACCCCGCAACUACAAGCUACGCGGCGACGCGCGCGACCCGCGCAUCCCGCGGGGCACCAUGCAGCGCAACCUGGCCCUGCGCUGGCUGCGCGAGACCUUCCCACGCAACUCCAGCCAGCCCGGCGUGGUGUACUUCGCGGACGACGACAACACCUACAGCCUGGAGCUCUUUGAGGAGAUGCGCAGCACCAGAAGGGUGUCUGUGUGGCCCGUGGCCUUUGUUGGUGGCCUCCGGUAUGAGGCCCCACGAGUGAAUGGGGCAGGGAAGGUGGUCGGCUGGAAGACGGUGUUCGAUCCCCACCGACCGUUCGCAAUAGACAUGGCUGGAUUUGCAGUCAACCUGCGGCUCAUUCUACAGCGAAGCCAGGCCUACUUCAAGCUGCGCGGCGUGAAGGGAGGCUACCAGGAAAGCAGUCUCCUUCGCGAACUUGUCACCCUCAAUGACCUGGAGCCCAAGGCAGCCAACUGCACCAAGAUCCUGGUCUGGCACACACGGACAGAGAAGCCAGUGCUGGUGAAUGAGGGGAAGAAGGGCUUCACUGACCCCUCGGUGGAGAUCUGAGCCUCGGGAUGCAGGAGCCUCCUCCUCAGACCUUGUUCUUGGCCUUCCAUCCUCUCCCCACGGCUGAUGGUCCCUCCAAGGCAGACUCCUAAGGAACCACCAUCACCCUCCUUUCUAUUCUGGGGCUUUCGAGAGAGCCCAGCCUGAUGCCAGGACCAAGGACAGAGAAUCUAAGCACAGAAAUCCCAGACCUGUUCUCUCCAUCCAACGUGGCCAGGGCCCAAGAGACCCAAGGUGGGGUGGGGGGGGCCAGCUGCCAGCAAGGCUGGUGCCUCAGCAGGCCUCCUCAGAAACUUCCUGCACUGAUGGGGCUGUGGGAAGAGAUGCUGCAGGCACCCGUACCCGCUCUGGAGUGAUGCAGGGCUGGGAGGGAGGUGAGAAGAGCCCACAGAGAAGUGGAGUGUGGCCCUCCCUGCUCCCUGCUCCUGGGCCCGCUACAACCAUACAGGACACCCUGCCAGGGAAUUCUGAAGACCAGAGAGCAGAAUGCCUCACCCUCCUCGGCCCCUGCUCUUCCUAAGAGCUGCUCCCAAAUCAGACAUACCUCUCCGGCUCUCCUCUGGUUCAUGUUUACAGAGCAUAAGGCUGUCUUUGAUCCCAACAGGCACCAGCCCUGCAUGGGGGGAGCCUGGGCCUGCCAACAGGCUCCUCCUGUACCUCAGGCUGCGGCAGGAGCAGAGUUCCUUCCUCUGGCCCCUCCCCUCACGCCUUCUCCUCCAGCACUGACAAGGAGGUGAGCCCUACAGCCAGCACAGGUCACUGCCUGGCCUGGACUAAGAACCCCGCGAUCCCACUGUCCACACACUGCCUCCCCACCGCCUACCAGGCUGCGGGGCCCCUCGCCUGGACUGGACCCGGGAGGGGAGAUGCCCUCUUCCUGCAGCCCUAGAAAACCACAGACCUCAGUGCUGGAGCAGUGAUGGGCGAGGUGGAGCUCUACAGCCUGGAAAGGGAGGGAGGCCAGGGCAAAUCACCAACUCCUUCCUGCCCCUGGUCUUAAGGAGGAGAAGGGCUUUGGGAUAGCAGAGGGAUUUAGGGAAAAGGGUCAGGGAUUCACUGGACACUGAGGGGAAGGAGACCUGAGCACACACCGCCUUGAAAUUAUUCCAUGUCAAACACAAAAAAUGGGAAAGAAAAUCUUACUUCUCCCUAAGUUGGGAGCAUGCAGAGCCAGCCCACUUCAUGUUCAGCUACCCCCUCCCCACCCCAGAGAAAGAACAGUGUGCCACAAGCUGUCACUUUGCCCCUUUGGAAAAAGCAUCUUCCUGGGUCUCCCAGGCAGCUGGAGAGGUCCUUGGCUCUCUCUGACCCAGACAGGCCCUCUGGUGGCAGUCUCACUCAUGCUCCUGCAAGUUGGAAGCACAAUUUUUCUCUCAAGUGGAGGAAAAGGAAAGGGCCUGAGCCUACUGAAGAAGUGUUUAUUUUUUAACUGCUAACAGCCCCCACCCCAUUAAAACUCACAGGACAUGUCUGAGGGCCAUUCAGAACUCACUCCUGGGUGGGUGGGACUCAGAGACCUAACAUUCAGAAUAUAGCAUCAGUUGCCCAUUUUGAAAUGGAUUUAAUCUCCCAUGAUAUUCAUGAAAUCAUCUGAAUCAGAUCCUUGAGCCACCUUUCAGGAUGUUUUCCCCAACCUCUUACACUUUGGAUGUCGCUUUGGAAUCAACCCCUUGGAAUUCAGUGGGGUGUCAUGGGAGAGAAGGGAGGAGGCAGCACAGGGCAGCCAUCAGAUGAGUGAACUUAUACGUAGGUACUCUACUGUCUCACUCACGGAAACCAGGCCUGAUUGCCAAGUUCAGCUUGGCUGUUGUGAGGCCAUCUUCUUAGCCAAAAGCCCAGGGUUCGUUUCAGGAAAUUAAUAACAACAAAAUGGGGUCUUUUUUGGCAGAUGCCAGGUCAGUUGUUUUCACCUAAUACCCUCUUUUAGCUGCAUGUAUAUUUAUUUAUAAUUAUAAUCCUGGUGGACUGCAGCCUUCAUCUUUGUUGGGAAUGAGUUUAUUAUAAAUCAGAAUUGGCCAUAUGAUGACGAUUGCUUUCCAAACCCAGACUGUUCCCACUCCCUCACUGGCAAACCCCACCACGCAGGAGUGAGGCUAGGGGGCUAGGAGUUCUGAGAACAGAGACUGGGGUGAGGGUGGCACCCAGGCAGCUGCAUCUGGUCUGUUUUAAUUUAACUGUAUUUAAUUUGCUUUCAAAAUUAAAAGUCAAAUAUGGUUUUUAACAGUCCUAA